GAUCCGGUUCACGAUCCCGCUUCGGUCUUUUCGCUGCUCUCGGAGGCUCCCUGUGAUUGGCUGCUCGGCCCACUUUAGCCCACCCACUGCUGACUAUAGCCGCUCUGCAGACGGAGCUCCAUUGAGUCUGGCCCCGGGCGGAACGGCACACACACGGCGCGCAUCAUGGCAGCUACGCAUAGCGAGUACCGAGGCUACCUGCGGAACACCGUCGACAUCGAGGCGGCACAGCACCGCUUCCACCCGGUGCAGAGCUCGGAGCCCACGUACCGGCCGCUGCUAUUCGGGACCCUCGCUGUUAUGGGAUUGCUUCAGGUGGCUUCCAGCGUGGCGAUCUUAUUACACCUGACGGGUUAUCUGCAAGAGGUAGACUUGUCCACGGCUCCACAUCGGCCCAUAGAGGAGGUGCAGACAGAGCCGGUGCUCAACGCCCUGAGAGACACCAGGAAAAACAGACGGUGCAAAUCUCCGAGAGAAAGCCUGCCAGCAGCCCAUCUACUGAUCAGUCGGCAACACGAGGACUCCAAGAGGGUCGACCCGUACCCGAAGGCCGUCACCAUCGACUGGGAUGAGGAGCAGGGAUACCGCAACAGGAUGGAUUACCAGAAGGGCAAACUGCUGGUGAUGGAGGCCGGUUUCUACUACGUUUAUACCAACAUCUGCUUCCGCUUCUACAACCUUUCCAAACCGGACGACAGAAGUCAGGUCGGGCUCAUCGCGGAGCUCGUUCGCAACGCCCAGCUCAUCCAGUAUGUCUACCGCGACAGCAUCAAACAGACCAGCAAGGCCCAGCUGCUGAUGAAGACGGGCAGCACCGUGCGCUGGCACAACACCACCUACAGCAUGUACUGCUCCCAGCAGGGCCGAGGGGUCCGGCUGGACAAAGGGGACGCCUUGUUCGUCAACGUGUCCAACUCCUGGAUGCUGGACCGAGAGGGAGAAGGGACGUAUUUUGGUGCCAUAAAGUUGGGUAACUGAAACCUAAACACGUGGGGAGCGGACAUGCUACUGAACAUUUGAUAUGCCAAAGAACCACUGUUAGUGAUUUAUAAUAUUGAUUUUGUCCAAAAAAAGUGUUUUGUUUUUUUUAUAAUUGUACAUGCGUGUUUCGUUUCAUUUUGUUGCUCUUCACCAGUAAGCCUUUCAUGACAAUGGAAAAAGGUAACCACCUUUUAAAAAAACUUGUCUUUCCACUUUCCACUUUUUCCCUGAAAAUAGACACAUCCAAAAUAGCACUGGAGUUUUAUUGGACUUUGUUUUUUUUUCUCUUUUAAGUAUUGUGGUUUCAAUUGGGAAAUUUCAGUACGUUUCAGUUCAGAUUACAACAUUGAGACUUAAGAAUUGACAUGUGUUUAUGCACUAAUUAAACAAGCCGCAAGGGAGCAACUAAGGAAGUAAGAUUGUUGGCAGGAAGCACAGCGAAAAAGGAUUUAUCAGUGCAGAUUGUUGGGAAGAAUGUCCAAAAAAAGCGUUGUAGAACGAUGGAGCAUCUGCUUGUACUUAGCAGAUUAACACAGGAUAAAAAUAACAAGCCUCUAGGCCUGUGUCUGACCCACAGCGGCAAAUCCAUAAAUGUUUUCCUGAAAGUUUCUGGAAGUGUGAACACGGCAGGCGAUGGGGCGUUUCCACGGUAACGGCAUCAGCGACAUCAUUUGAUUGAUUUCAAAAUCUUCCGAGGCACCUUUGAAACUUAUGGCAAAGAUUGACUUUGACGCUGACGUUGUUGCGUGUUUGCUCCAAAAACUCAUUUGUUAUCCAGUUUUCUGUCUUAAGCAGCCUGCUUCGUUGCCGGCGAUUACACGACAACGUCAUUUAAACUAAGGACGAAAUGACAUCUGUUAGUUUUUGUUUAUGACGAUCAACAAGUGAUGCAGAUAGCUGGACUGUCUGAAUGACAUGAAUUGUCUUUUUUUUUUUUAAACUAGAGGAACCAAGUUGAGUUUGGUUCAUCUUUAACUUAAAUUUUUGUUUUUUCAUUUGGCUCUUCAGUGAGGUAAAUGGGAAUAUGCACUAAAUAUUUAUUUAUUAGCUCUAGAAGUACAGAGACAGGUCAUUGUUACAGUGACCUUUCGGCUGUAAAAAAAAACCAUUUAUAUUUUAUGUCUGUACGACAUUCAUUAUGCAGCACUUAGAGGAAAUAGUAGACACGCUUUUUUGUUAUUAAAACACAAGGGCUUCAUUUCAAAUUCUAUAUUUAUGUAUCUUGAUUUUCUUCUUCUACAAAAUUGUAGCAUACCUGUAAGAUCUUCAUCUGAUUUCACCUGAUAGAUUUUUUUCCGUUCUGUGUUUUUUUAAUUUAUGUUUGUGUAUGUUUUAAUAAAAAAAAAACUACUUUUGUAACAGUGUUUCUUGUGUGCACUGUGGAACAAACAAACAAAAAAACAACUAAUUUUUCAGCAGCUGGGGCAAAAUAAAAUUAAAUAUUUAAUAAUAAUCCUGAGAGAAUAAUCCUGUUUUUAAAAAAGCAGUCAUUUUUCUUAAUAAAAUAGGUUUCUAAUUUUACAUGAGAAUGUGUAUUUUCUGGCAUUAACAACAAUGAAAUUACCGAUAAUCUAAAUAUGUGAUUGCAUUUUCUUAGAUUACUUGUCCUUAUGGAUAUUAUACUGUUGGAAACAUGUUUAUUCAACUUUAAAAAAAACAAAAACAAA